AUGAAGAGCAACACCUUCAUCAUCUUCACCAGCAUUGGGAUCUAUUGUGCCAUUUUCCACACGUCAGCAUGGUCUGUGAACAACUUUCUGAUGACGGGACCAAAGGCGUAUCUGACCUACUCCACUAGCGUGGCUGUGGGGGCCCAUAGCGGGAUUGAAGAAUGUAAACACCAGUUCACCUGGGAACGCUGGAACUGCCCAGAAAGUGCCCUGCAGCUCUCCACUCAUAACAGACUGCGGAGUGCUACCAGAGAAACCUCUUUUGUUCAUGCCAUCAGCUCGGCUGGAGUAAUGUACACGCUCACCAGAAACUGCAGCAUGGGAGACUUUGACAACUGUGGCUGUGACGAUUCAAGGAAUGGCCGUGUAGGUGGCCGAGGAUGGGUCUGGGGAGGCUGCAGUGAUAAUGUGGAAUUUGGCGAGAGAAUUUCCAAACUAUUUGUGGAUGCUUUGGAGACAGGACAAGAUGCCAGAGCUUUAAUGAAUCUGCAUAACAAUGAAGCAGGGAGACUUGCUGUGAAAGCAACAAUGAAGAGGACGUGUAAGUGCCACGGGGUAUCGGGCAGCUGCAGCAUCCAGACCUGCUGGCUCCAGCUUGCUGACUUUCGAGAAAUUGGGAAUUAUCUGAAGCUCAAAUAUGACCAGGCCCAGAAGCUGGAGAUGGACAAGAGGAGGAUGAGAGCUGGGAAUAGUGCCGACAGCCGUGGGGCCACAGCAGAGACCUUCAGCACUGUGCUAGCCACAGAACUCGUCUUCCUGGAAGACUCUCCUGAUUACUGCGUCAGGAAUGCCAGUCUGGGCCUCCAUGGUACCGAGGGGCGGGAAUGCCUGCAGAGUGGCAAGAACUUGUCACAGUGGGAGAGGAGGAGUUGCAGGAGGCUCUGCACUGAGUGCGGCCUGAAAGUGGAGGAGAAGAGGACUGAGAUUGUCACCAGCUGCAAUUGCAAGUUCCACUGGUGCUGCAUGGUGAAAUGCCAGCAGUGCAAACAGGUGGUUACCAAGCAUUACUGCUCCAGAAGAGAUGGCUCGUCCCCCAACACCACCAGGCGGCGGAACAGGGGGCACAAGAGAUAA